AUGGGCUAUGACAGGUGUGGCGGUGCACUCGAAGUUCGCUACUUGUUGCCGUGCAGGGCUGAAAACGCCUGGCAGAGGCAAUUAAAUAAUUGUAUUAUUGUCUCUCCGUACAGAUCACAAUUGCCAUUAUUCCAUCGAUCAGUACUCCGUACGGAUUACUCCGUACAGCAGCCACGGGAUUCCGAUUUAGGAAGAUCGUUUGACAGCAGGGCGCCAUGGGGUUCGAGCCCCUUUUUUACUUAUCUGCAGGUACUGGGGCUUCAGACUGGCUUUGUGGAGGGAAAUGUCCGAUUUCCGAUGUAUUUCUCCGCAAGCGGAUACAUAUUAUUGCAAAAGAGGGGAGCAGAUAACGCCAAAAACAAAAGCAAGUGGAUAGGAAGUCCUUACCUAGCCCUCCUCAUCACUGACUCCCUCUGGACAUGGAAGCUACCUAGGUAA